AUGAACGGAACAGAAGAAGAUUCGUUUGGUUUUCCUGAAUUUUUAGAAAAGGAGAAUUGUUUACCAGCUUCUAAUUCUUCAACAACUUCAUCAGUUUUUGGAAAUUUUGAACGGCAACAAAACGAAUUGAAUGUGAAUUGGAAGGAAGUCCUUUUAGAGAAGGCAAAAAUCGCAAAAAUUCGCUGUCGUCUUCAAUCUGAUGAAUAUAAAGCAAAGGCAGGAAAGACUUCUGAUAGAGUAAAAGAGUUGGAACUAGAGCUAAUACAUGCACAAAUAAAAAAAUUGGAAGGAGAAGUCAAUGCCAUUGCAAAAUCAUCUAAGGAGGGAAAUACAAAAAUUAAUGGUUUUAGUGAAAUUUUGGAUAGUUCGGAGAGCGAGGAUUCCUGUUCACAAUUCGUUGAUGAGCCUUUAAAAUUGGUUCCUUCUAACACCUGUUCGACAUUUGAUGACACGGAUACCUCAUUAAAUGAGCGAUUUGAAUUACCUUUAGAAAUGGUUUAUAUGUUUCACAAAUUUACUGAACGUGGCGUAGAAUUUUUUUUUACUGAUGGAAAGGAAAAACUUGUUGUUACUGAACUUCGUGGAUGUAACGAUCCGUUUUGCCUAUUAUAUGAAUAUUUGAAUAAAUCAAUUUGUGGAGAUGAAUAUUCAGACAAGUCAAAAUCAAAAAAAUUUCGUUGGACAUGUCGAUUGCCAAGAUAUAAUCUUGUAGACAAGAUUGUAAACAUGAUUGAGGCAUUUUUUUUUCAUUAA